ACGUGACGUCUGUCAUAUGAUUCUAGCCUAGUCAGGUGCUCUGUUACCUUACAUUCUGCUCGAUCGCAGUCGAUCAGUACUUAUCUGACUCGCCCAGUUGUGUUUGACUAAAACUAUCAUGACACAAUUUUGUAAUGUUUUCUGUUUCGUUUUUAUCUUAAACGUUGCAUUUCAAAUUUUACCUUCACGCGCCGAUAAUGCAGUACCUGUAUUGCUAUGGGGUGAGUCAGUUAAUUCUGAUUUAACAAAUGCAGUGAACCCCUUUUUAAAGACUACCAGCGAGGAAUUUGGUCUUUACCUGCGUAAAAAAUUAGAAAAUUCACCUCCAGUUCUUCUUUAUAUAAAAGAUAAUCUGUGUAUUGAAGAUUUAGUGAAAUACAAACAGCAUCUUCAGGAAGUUAUUAGUGGUGAUUCUUUACGUUAUUUUCCUGCUGUUGAGAAAGCAGUGAAUACUGUUGAAGACUUACCUUUGUACAACCAAACUUAUAAUGAUUAUGUGGAUUCUGUAUCUGAUGGACAAUUACUGAUUGUGCCAAUUAGUAAUUUGGAUAUUAUCCCAGAUACAUACAAGACGAUAAAGGAUUCUAGCCCUAAUUUGAUAGCUAUGCUCACAGGGAAAGCCUGUAGUUAUAGACGUUCUGAACGAGUAAAAAGGGACAUUGAUGCAGACAAUACUACUACAUCUUUUGUCAUUUCAGGAGCAAGAGUGUUAUUAUAUGCUAAUCGACCAUUAUCAUUGCAGCCUGAAAAAGACAAAGCUGUAAUAAAUCUUCCACUUAAACCUACAAUUACUGAAGAAUCGGAUCCAAAAACAUCUGCAUAUAAUUUAACUAUGACAUUUACAGGAUCUGGUGCUAUCAUCAAAAAUGAACUUGUUUUUAUAUUUAAAGUUAGAACUGCAGGAUAUUAUACACUCAAAACAAUUAAUUACUCACAUUAUAUUAAUGCAAAUUCUACUGGUAAUCCACAAAUUUUAACAACAGAUACAGAUAUUGUUUUUCCAUUUAAUUUCUCUUAUCAUUGUUCACAAAUUAUUACAUUCAAAAAUGGCGAUACAGCCUUAAAUAUAACAGGUUUACAAGUGCAACUUGAUCCACAACCAGACAAAAAGACUAAUGGCACAAAAAUAUUUGCAUUUAAUGAUGCAUAUGACUGUGUCGGUUUUACUACAAUUCCAAUUUGGACAGGAAUAUUUGUUACCGCUAUAUUAGCUUUAAUUAUGAUUUGGGCUCUUACUAUGAUUAUAGAUAUUCGUACAAUGGAUAGAUUUGAUGACCCCAAAGGAAAAACAAUUACUAUUUCAGCUCAGGAAUAAUAUAAUAAUAUUAAAUAAUUAAAGAUAUUGUGUACAUACAUACCAUAGUAUCUCGUAAUCUAAUCAAUUGUCAAAUAAAUUUUCAAUGUCAUGUUGGUAAUUUGUAUAUGUAGAAUGUAUGUGCAUUAAAAUUUAUUAAUGCUGUUAA